AUGGCCGCCCGCGGUCGCCCAGCGACGCCCCUGGUCGCAGCAGCGGAGAGCGCAGCAAGAGAGCAACCCGCGGAGGUGCAGGAUGGUGCUUGUAACGGGGUGACAGUGCAGGACGGCAGUGCCGGCAAUGCUACUGCGGGCGGGCCAGCAGCGGAGGGCGGAUUGUUUAGAGCGUUGGAGGCGGAGGAGGUGCGGAGGCAGGGCCACUGCAUGGUGGAUUUCAUUGUAGACUACCUCCAGAGCGUGGGUGACAGACCCGUUCGCUGCUCCGUGCAGCGCAUAUCACCGCACCGCACACACUCUUUUAUGCUCUUAACACCGCCACCCCCACCAUCGCAAUCCCCCUGCAAUGCCCUCUAUUCUUCUGCACCUGCUAACCUACACUGCCCGUCCUUUGCAUGCGCUGCUCCCACUGCGCCUCUCCACCCUGGCAGCCCGGCUAUCUGCGUCCUCUGCUGCCCGCCCACGCCCCUCAGCAUGGCGAACCGCUCCAAGCCAUUCUCUCAGGUGAUGCCCCCUCCCACCUCCGCCCUCCGCCCCAACUGUGUGCUUUCCCUCGCCCCGCUCCCCCUCUUUCCUCCCUAUCCCUUUGAGGCUGCCUUACCCACCCCAGCAUAUCUAGUAUAUCUAAUACCCGCCCUUUCACCCACUGCCACCACAGUUGCUUCUCCCUCAACGCAUUCUUUCCCUCCCACCCCUCCUCUCCCUCCCUCCACCGCUCUGCACCGCACAGACAUAUCGAGCGCCAUCCUGCCAGGCGUGACGCACUGGCAGAGCCCGUCCUUCUUCGCCUUCUUCUCCUCGCCCACCAGCGCCGCUGCCAUCGGUGCCGACGCCCUCAUCAGCGCCCUCAACGUGGUGGGCUUCUCCUGGGCCGCCGCCCCCGCUGCCACGGAGCUAGAAGCCAUUGUCACCGACUGGCUCGCGGACCUGCUUGCUCUGCCCCAUGGCUUCCACUCAGUCAAGUCAGGUGGGAGGGAGUUGGGUGGGCCCGUGGUGGAGUGA